UAUUAAAAACUGACAACACAGUAAACGUCAGUUGACUAAGUUGACUUCGUCUAAUAAAAAAUCCGACUAUACCUGAUAAUGCAAUAUUAAUGAUUUAAUUUAUCAAUGAAAUAAUUAUAUAGGUGUAAUCGCAACUUUUUAAGAACUGCAAAUUGCAAAGCGAUGUUUCUAUUGAGGAUUUUUGUACAUAUUGCAUUUUUAUUCUCUAUUUUUGAUAUAUAUUUUAAAUCUCCAAUUGUGAAAAACAUUCAUCCUAUAAAACCCAUUCACGAUGCUGUUGCCGAUCGUCUUGUUUUGUUCGUUGUUGAUGGUUUACGUGCAGAAUCUUUUGUAAAUCAUACCACUAUGCCAUUCUUAAGGUCUGUAGCAAAUUCUAAAGGAAGAUGGGGUAUAUCUAGAACUCAAGUUCCUACAGAGUCUAGGCCCGGUCAUGUGGCUAUUGCAGCCGGCUUUUAUGAAGAUCCUUCAGCUGUUGUAAAGGGGUGGAAAGAAAACCCAGUUGAUUUUGAUUCUGUAUUCAACCAAUCACAGUUCACUUGGUGUUGGGGUGCCUAUGAUAUCAUUAAUAUAUUUACCAAAGACCAUGUUGGUGAUCAUAUUUAUACAAAUGAUUUUAACCCCUAUUCUCAGAGCUUCAGCACUUAUAAGAAUACAACUCUAUUAGAUGAUUGGGUAUUUAGAAAUGUAAAAGAAUUCUUUCAGAAUGCUGAAGAGGAUGUAAAUCUUCUUGCUAAAUUGAAGAAAAAUAAAAUAGUAUUUUUCUUGCACUUACUAGGAACUGAUACAUCUGGUCACACACACAAACCUCAAACAAGGAACUUUUUAACAACACUUAGAUUUGUUGAUGAAGGUAUCAAAAUUAUAGAAGGAGUGAUAAAUACAUUUUAUAAUGAUGAUGGAAAAACUACAUUUCUUAUGACUUCAGAUCAUGGAAUGACAGACUGGGGAUCACAUGGUGCAGGCGAUAAUUAUGAAACGGAGACGCCCUAUGUGUUGUGGGGCUCUGGUGUGAACCAAGUUAAUGAAACUAGACCGGACUCUGAAACUCUGCUUAUGUCUUCAGAGCAUAGAUUUGAUAUUAACCAAAUAGAUUUGGCACCAAUAAUGGCAACGUUUAUCUCUAUACCGGUUCCUGUCAAUUCUUUGGGUCAAGUGAAGACUGAUUUAUUGAACAUGACACUGGCUAAUAAAGCUAAAGCAGUUUAUGGUAAUAGUAGACAAAUAGCUGCACAAUACGAUAAGAAGAGACAUGAUGUUGAAUCAAAUGCCAUAUCAAUGCUUUACAAACCUUAUGAACCACUGACCAAGAAAAAAUACGAGGAAAUAAUAAAUUUUGCAGAAACAUUGUUAAUUAAAGGAGAAUAUGAAAAGUUAAUUAUAUGCAGUGAAGAAAUCAUGCAAUUGAGUUUAAGAGGAUUGAGAUACUAUAAUGAUUAUUAUCAAAAACCACUUCUUAUUCUAGUUACUUUAUCAUUUAUGGGAUGGAUUGUUUAUUUAUUGAAAUUAUUAUCUGAACAAAAGAUUCAUACACAUGCAGAUACGUGUACAGCUAGUUGUGUAAGGGGAACUAAAAUUCUAGUCAAGCAGUCUAUUAAUAUUAUUUUCUUAAUUAUUUUUGGAUUUUCCAUAUACAUAGUUUAUGUGCAAAGUUUGCCAGUACAAUAUUUUGUAUAUUUUCUGAUGCCCACUGCCUUGUGGUGGUAUGCGAUGUUAUCAAUGGAAGUUUGGUUUCAAAUAUACAAAAAAAUUAAAAGGGACAAAGAACUGACAUCAGUGCUAUUACAAAUUGUUUGUUAUGGAUUAGGGAGCAUAGCAAUGGGUUUAUCAUUUACCUACCGCUGGAUGUUGAGCUUACCAUUACUAGGUAUGGCUCUGUGGCCAUUCAUGUCAUCAACAAAAUAUCAUUUAACUAAUCCAGUGUUGUUGAUCUGGUCAGGUGGAUCUCUGCUACUUAGCAUUUUUUCGUUCAUGCCUGUUGUGGGAAAAAAUGUGGUUAUUUCAUUAGUUAUUGCUGCCGGCGUGCUUUGGAUAUUCGUGAUAACAAUAUUCAUUUACAAGAUACUGAUGCCGUUCCGUUACAAUAAGGUUGAGAAACAAAGGGAAAUGUAUUUGUUCUCGAUACAAAUAUUGUUAUUACUUAUUUCGUGUCAUAACAUUUACGUGCAGUCUAAACGGUUUGAACAAGGCACACCCGUAUCAGCUUUCUAUCAGACGGAAGCUUGGAUUGUAGCAGUGACCUCAUUGAUCAUGCCUUUCCUGUUUUCUAGAAGAUUAAUGUGUCGAUUGAUGGCGAUAAAUACGGGACUUAUAAAUUUCUAUCUUUUGAUGUCAGUUUCGCAUGAAGGUCUGUUCAUGGUUGCACUCAUUAUAAACGUAAUGAGCUGGGUUUUUAUUGAAUUUAGACUUCUUCACGUGAAGGACGUAAAGAUAAUUGACUGCGCGUUUAUUGAAGACACAAAUGAAGAAAAAAUUGGUCUUCAGAUCGAAAGGAGUAUUACUAGUCAAGACUUUAGAAGAGCUUUCUUUUUCGUACUUUACAUUAUUUUAGCAUUUUUCGGUACAGGAAAUAUAGCAUCAUUGAAUUCAUUCGAAUUGAGAUGGGUGACUUGUUUUAUAACAUCAUUUCAACCAUUUUUGAUUACCACAUUGAUCUUGAUGAAAACGUUGUCACCAUUUUUAAUCGUCGGCUGUGCCUUUAGAGCCGUACAGUUUGUCACUAAGGCACCACUUGGCUGUUUGAAUAUAAUAGUUCUUAUAUAUUCAAACAUAAUGGGACUCCAAUUAUUAUUUUAUGUGCGGAAUAAUGGGAGCUGGCUGGAAAUUGGAACUUCAAUAUCACAGUUCGUAAUCGUACAAGUUAUAACCUUGUUCAUUGUGCUAAUAAAUCAAAUUGCGAAAACCAUGACGGAUUUCAGCAUUUAUAACUUUGCCAAUCAAAUUCUAGAGAAACGAAAAAAAAGCGUUUAGAUGUAAACUUUGUUUUAUUUCGAGUAAGUUUCUUUAGAUACUAAUUAAUUUUUGUUUAAUUUAAUUGCUGUGAUCGUUAUUGUAAGAUUGAAAGUACCUUUUUUUCCUACCUAAGCUGGUAGCUUUGAGAGGCUAUUCCAGCGUAACCUUAACUAGUACGACGACUAGUACUGACGACUUUGCUAACACGAACCCUAGCAAGAGCCGUGCUUCGCAGAAUCUACCACCGGAUCGGAAACGCGACCCACUGAGAAGAUCCGGCGAGAAACUCAAUGGGCUGUGUCUGAGGGUUAAUUUACCCGUCGAGCCCUUCGUCGCAAGCGACGGGUUCGACGGGAACGGUGACCGGUGUUUGAGGUACCUAAAAGCACCGUUAGUGGAUCGGGAAGAUCCGAGAUGACGUGUUUUGGGCGACGUCGACUGCUUUCCAUUCUUUCCGCAGGAUCGGUAAUGUAGUUACCGGCGGCCACGAUGAGAGGGUUCUCGUGUCGUGCCGCUUUAUCGAAGUGGCGCAUCGACGCCGACUGCAUAUACUUACUGGUGGACUCUAAGUCCAGGUCGUCAUGGAGGUCGACGUUCCUGACGAACCACGGGGCUCCGACGACUAUCCUGCAAAAACGGGAUUGAAUAAUUUGAAAUGAUUUUAGAUGAGUGCGGGCCGCAUGAGCGAACACUACACUUGCAUAGGUCAUGACGGGGCGUAUGCAAUAGUGUCACCUUAUUUCUAAGGGACAUUUUACUUCGCCUGCAUAUCAUCGGGUAGAGACGUCCUAGAAUGAAGGCGGCACGGUCGCGUACCGUCUUUAUAUGGGGGCGGAAUGUCAUCCUUCUUUCGAGGGUGACGCCUAAUGACCUUCUGGGCCCACGGUAUGGGCUGGUCGUACAUCGUGAAUGGGCGAAUGGCGGAGGCGGAGGUGUCGACACGCCUAGUCGGGAGUGGGAUGCUCAACGUGGUGUUCGGAGGGCGACCCCUUUUGAAGAGCACCACUGUGCUUUUCGUGGGGUUGAUGUCGAUGCGCCACUUCCGGAACCACUGUCCCAUGGUGGUAGCUGCAGUCUGAAGUCGCCGAUGAAGCAACGCCUUCUUUCUACACGAGUAGUAGAUUGCCGUGUCAUCGGCGAAGAGCGCCAGAUGGGUCUCCGGAGGCCGGGGUAUAUCAUGGAUAUACAAACUGAACAGUAACGGGGAGAGAGCAGAGCCUUGCGGGACUCCGGCUGUGACGUGACGGGGGCGGGAGCGCGUUCCCUCGACUCGAUAUCGGAACGAACGGUUCGACAAGUAGUCUCGUAUGAUGAGCACGAGUCUGUCUGGCACUCCCCAUGUUAUACAGUUUGUAUAUCAAAUCGUUGUGCCAGACUUUGUCGAACGCCUUCGCUAUAUCGAAAAAGAGGGCUCCUGUCGGGAUGGUGAAAGUACCGGUGGUUUUAUAAAUUAUUAUAUUGUAGUGUUUAUUACAUUAUCAAUAACCUUAUUUUAAUGUCGUUUUCAAUAAUCUCUCAGAUGACAUAGUUAUACCUAGUUACUAAUAAGAUAAAUUCCCAGUUUGUUUCAAAAUCAACGAUACGAAUGUUAUAAAAUUGUCCACUAUCUGGUCAUUUUUUUAAGACUGAAAUUUGUUCUUUUAUGAGGAGUUCACUAAUAAAAUCGAAUUUUUAAUUUA